AUGUCCAAGGUAUACUUCGACGUCGAGGCUGAGGGCCAACCAUUGGGUCGUAUCAUUUUCAAACUUUACAACGACGUGGUUCCAAAGACCGCCGAGAACUUCCGUGCUCUAUGUACCGGUGAAAAGGGUUUCGGCUACGCCGGCUCCCCUUUCCACCGUGUCAUCCCAGACUUCAUGUUGCAAGGUGGUGAUUUCACCGCUGGUAACGGUACUGGUGGUAAGUCCAUCUACGGUGGCAAGUUCCCAGAUGAGAACUUCACUCGCCGUCACGACCGUCCAGGUCUAUUGUCCAUGGCUAACGCUGGUCCAAACACCAACGGUUCUCAAUUCUUCAUUACUACUGUGCCAUGUCCUUGGUUGGACGGCAAGCACGUGGUCUUUGGUGAAGUUACCGAUGGCUACGAUGUUGUCAAGAAGGUUGAGAGUCUAGGGUCCGGUUCCGGUGCUACCAGAGCUAAGAUCUCUGUUGCCAAGUCUGGUGAAUUGUAA